GCAGUGGUUCUGGUAAUACUGCACUGGAUGAUGUAAACAAAGUCCAGUCAUCAACAGGGAGUCAGUUCAGGGGAGUCUCCUACACUGAACUAUAAACCAAGAAAAAGAAAGUUGGUUUAAAGUUGUUGGGAUAAAAAAAUCAGUAAAUUACGUUAAUCUGGUCUGGUAUACUAUCAUGGCAGCAUCCACAGGCACACCUAAGGUACCAGAAUACAUAUUUGCUGAGAAAAUUGGUUCUGGGAGUUUUGCAGAUGUAUAUAAGGCUUAUAAGAAAGGGAAAACACGGGAAGUGACUGCAAUUAAGUGUGUUCUUAAGUCUAACCUCUCAAAGACUGCCCUUGACAAUUUGAUAUUGGAAAUUAAGAUACUGAAAGAAUUGAAACAUGAGCAUAUUGUAGAAAUGAAAGAUUUUGAAUGGGAUGAUAAGUACAUAUACAUUAUAAUGGAGUACUGUAGUGGUGGAGAUCUCUCAAAUUUUGUGAAAUCUACAAGACGACUACCAGAGACUGUGUGUCAAAGGUUCCUCCAGCAAUUAGCUGCAGCUCUGAAAUACAUGAGAGAGAAAAAAGUCAGUCACUUUGACCUUAAGCCUUCAAACAUUCUCUUAAAGUCAAGGAGUAAUCCUAUAUUGAAGAUAGGCGAUUUUGGCCUUGCCCAACACUUGCCUGAAGACGACACCAACAGUACCAUCAAGGGCAGUCCACUGUACAUGGCUCCUGAAAUAGUUCUAAAGCAUCAGUAUGAUGCCAAGGUUGAUCUGUGGUCAGUGGGUGUCAUCUUGUACGAAUGUCUCUUUGGGAAAGCUCCCUACUCAUCUAAAACAAUGAACGAAUUAAUUGAAAAGAUUAAGAAGGACAAGGCCAUUGAUGUACCGUACGGCACAAACAUUUCGCAAGACUGCCGAAAUUUAUUGCAAUGUUGCCUGGAACGAGAUGUGAGCAAGAGAAUUGAUUUUGAAGGAUUCUUUUCACAUCCCUUUGUUGACCUAGAGCACAAACCAAGUCCAGAAAGUAUGACAAAGGCAACAGAACUUCUCACCAUGGCAGUAAACUUUGAUGAGUGUCAGGAAUAUGAAGAAGCUUUUAGGCACUACAAUCAAGCACUACAGUACCUUGUACCACUCCUCCACGUAGAAGGUGAUGCAAGUAAACGAACUGCUCUGAGGCGAAAGAUUUCAGAGUAUUUAAGUCGGACAGAGGACCUCAAGAAAAUCAUGAAUAAUGAUAGUGAAACCAUCAGAAAUAUCAGAAUUCCAACAAUACAGAGACAAGAGUCUACAGGAAGUACAGAAUACCAGGGAAACCGUGAAGAACUCUUGAGAUUAACAGCUACAACUCCACAAAUUCAAACUGCAAUAGAAAUUGCAGCAUCAGGAGAACUAUAUGCAAAUGAAGGAAGCUAUGCCACAGCUUUUGAGAAAUAUCAGCUUGCACUGGGAAAACUGCUUGAACUUUUACAAAGUGAACCAAAGGGACGUAGGAAGGACCUGCUCAGAGAAGAGGUCACACGAUGGAUGUCACAAGCAGAGCACUUGAAAGAAGUACUAAACCGAGUUACAUCUCCAGGAAAUUAUACUGAAGAACUGUUUGUAAUGGCUGAUGAUAAAAAUUGCUCUUUGCAAUGACAGGUUUGUCUUUUGACUGAUUAAUUAUACUGUAUUGUAUGUAGGAGGCUCAUAGUGUUCUUAUAAUGAACACUCUCCCAAAAAAGUAUCGGCCCCGUGGACCUGAUGUAUUUGGAAAUGAACACAAUAACACGUUCACAACAGUUUCGGUUCGGUUUGUAUUUCUGUUUAUGAGUUGCACCUUUCGUUCUUCUUGUACAUACCUGAUAAUCUCCAUGAUAUCUGCAGUAUACCAACUAUUCUCUGCGUAAGGUAAUCAAAGGGGAUGAAUUGUGAUACCAUAUGCAAAACCAAUAACGUCAUGAGUAACCCCGUUGAUUUAUGCACCUUAGUCACUAUUUCAGCCCCAGAGGAUGGGUUGCCAAAUAGGAAUGUAACGUUACCAUGUUUUCAUGAACCGAGUUUACAAUGGAAUUGCUUCGAACGAAAUAUGAAACACUAUGAUCCGAUAUUACAUUCAUUUACAAAUAAAGUAAUUACAGGUGUACAGUAUUCCCUUAAAGCUCGCUGGGGUUAGAUAAAAUGGACCCCAUGAGAAAGCAAAUUCCAUGACUUUUUCUUGCCAGUCCCAGGAGUGUGCAAAAUAAAUAAAUAAAUAGCUUAUGUACAACAACAUUAUGUAUGCAUAAGGCAAUAUGAUAAAUAUGAAAUAACAAACAUCAGCAUGAAAUAGCACUGUGUGGACAUUAGGUCCACACAGUAAGUUAGCUGUGGUAGUGACAAUGCAAAGACAAUACCUCUGAAAUGCCAGCUGAUCUGGUACACAGGAUGUAAGCAAUCCCUAUACUGGACAUUUCCUAGUGAAGAUGCCCGGUACCAAUAAGUACUUGUAAUGUAUAUACAGUAGGUACCUGUAUGUACAAUUAUAUCCUUUUGUAUUGAAUUGGGUAAAUUUAAUUAAUAGUACCAGCAAAUGUUUGAUAAUACUGUAGGUCCAUAAAGUGAGCUGUGGUAGUGGUGAACAUGAUAGCCUAUAACCAGUGAUUUGGGUUUGCCAGUACAGUAGGCUGUUAAAUCUGCAAAAUUUAUUUUUCCAAAAUAUACUUUGCUAAUUAUAGGGUGCAUCUUAUGACCUGGGAAAGAUGGUGCUCUGUACUGUCCUGUAGUGUUGACUCCUCUUGAUCCCUGGCACACAGCCUCAGAUUUUUUUAUUUAUUUCCCAUGACAGUACGUGAGUUUCCGAGGGAUGCAAGCUUUAGAACCACGAGCUUUAAGGGAAUAUACAGUAUUUUGAUGCCAUACUCAGUUACAAUGAUGAUGAUUUAUACUGCAUUUCAAUAUUAUUUCUACCUCAAUUGACGAGGUAACAAUUACGAAUAUAACGUAUCUCGUGAUUCGUGCUGGCAACGGAACAUUAUCCGAUACACACUACGAGACGAUGUCUGUCGGUGCAAGCUGUGUUUUCCAAAGAGUCUCUGGUACUAGUGUUAGUCAUAGAAUUCUAGCAUAAAACACCCACUAUUUGACUGCUGUCAAUAUAUUUUCGUUACAUUAAUAUCAUUAUAUUAUUCUACUAAAGAUGGAGCAAGGUGAUUCACCAUAAUCACAACAAAUGCCUGAAAUAAUAACUGGUAACUUCACAGAUACUAGGAAGGUAGACCUAACAACAUGAUGCAGGAAUCACAAUUAGUGAUCGGAAAUAUUUGUCCAUUGUGACACAUUGUAUCGAUGAGAAAAGGGGCCGAUACUUGUUUGGGAGUGUGUGCACACAAACAAUAUUAGCUGCACGCCUGGGUUCCAAUGUUUGGAAAUGAUCACAAUGUACAGUACUGCAGUUUUGGUUCUGUUGUCAAAGAUUCACAAUAAUUGGUUGUCCAUUGUGUCAUAUUGUAUCAACAACAAAAGGGACAUGGUGUUUUUUGUUUGUGUACAGUACAGAACAUAUGUUUAACCCUUAGGCCCCGGAUGACGUUCCAGAACGACUUCCUAUUUUCUCGCCUUUUUUUUUUUUUUUUUUAAGUAGAUUUUUUUUCCUUGAUUUAUCCCCGCUGGGUGGGGAGGUAGGUGUUACUGCCAGCAGCACCCUAACCCUGGGCUUAGGGUUAAUAGUUGCUUUGAAGAAACAGUCUUAGGUAAAAGUGGACAGUACUGUACUUUUAAAAUAUCUGAAUUUUGCCUGUAGAACACAAGCACUGUACCUGUAUGUACAGUACUGCUGUUGAGAAGUUGUUUACUUAUUCUGAGAUUUGGGGAAGCUGCCACAGCUGUGUUUUCACCUUCUAAAUAAGUUAUGAAAAUUGUACAGUAUUACUGUAAUUAUUUUUGAAGGAUGCAACAAUGUUUCUGAAAGGGUUUUAUUUUAUCACACCUAGCUACUUUUUGUGUAAUUAUCUAACACAAGACUUAGCAGAUUAUGUGGAACAGCUACUUGUCCCAGGCAAGUGACUUUUGAAAUUUACUUUCCAAAAUAAUUUUUUUACUUGCCUAGACAAAUUUGGGAGGAAAUUGCUUGCCCCUUUUUCUGGGAAAAAUUAAAUAAACAUUUUAAAACAUUCAAAUUUAUUGUGUGUAUCAACUCUCGGAUCACUUGACUGUCUUAAAUCUUUGUAGGGCAGGGGUUCCUCUCAGCUGAAUAAAAUCGUCCGGCAUUAGCCACAAUAAAAUACCCCGGUGCACUGCUGCCCUACAAAGGGUUAAUACCUUACACCCUCACCCUUCUCCAUCCAUCCUGUCGUGUUAAGAAUUUUCCUCGUUUCUUAUUCAUGUUAAUGUUUUCACCUCAGUUUGUAGCGUAACUCUGCUGACACAACAAUCAGUGGGACCUACCGUAUACAGAUUUUCAGGUCAGGUCAUUGUGAGAAUAAACCAAUAUGAAUAGAAGGGAUCAGCUGUGAUGUUACUGAGGCUGAAGCAUCCACCUGGGCUUUAUUAGCAGGUCAGGUCAUUGUAGGAACAGAAAAAUCUGGUAUCAGCUCAGCUGUGAUGUUAUGAUAUGCAUCAGGUCACAGACACACACAGUCCCUCCACUUUCCCGUCACCUCGCUGGGUGAGAGAGCUCACUGGUCAAGCAUGUAUGGGGAGGUGGGGGUCAUGCAGUACCUGACAAAUUCCUGUACGGAUACAGGUAUUUUCCUCUCAAAAUAUGAACUUGUUCCAGGCAAAUGCCCGGCACUGCUAAUCUUCAUAGCCAGCCUGCCUGUCUAAUACAUUUUCCCUAAAACAUUUAUUCUCAGGAAGAUGUGCCCAUAAUCAUGUGUAGUGCAAAAUAGCUCUUCUAUAAUCCAUUUUAAAGUACAGUAUAUUAUGAGAUUUAGGACACAAGCUGUGUACUGUUAUGGCUUCUUCUUUUUUGAGACAUGUUGCUUCAUUUUUUAAUCAACUUUAAAUUUAUAGAGAAGUUGCCCAAUAAGGUUUUUCCUUCAGUGCUUGCUAAUAUGUACAUUAUGUGGUUUCAGUUAAAUAUUGCCAAAUUAUGAUCCUAUUAGAUAGUGAUCAUAACUUCAUAAGUAUUUUGAAUUAUUGUACAGGUAUACCUCACUUUACGAUGUUCAUCCAGCAUGGUUUUCAAGGAACCUAACCCAUUCUUUAAGAUGGGGAUACGUACCUGUACAUCAUUAUACAAUAAUAUAUAUUAUGUAUAUAUGGAAUGGGUUAUAUAUUGAUGGUACAGUAAUAGUUCCUAAACUUUUAUUCUUAUUUUAUUUUAUUUAUUUUUAAUGGAGAUGGUUCUAAUGACAGUAAAUUACUGUAUAUUGUAGUUUGGAUUUUCAACUCCCACUUGAUUACUAUGCUGUACUGUACUUUAGUUAGAUAUAUAUACCAGGUUUCCAAAAGAUCACCUCACUCAGUAGCAACACAGGUAAAUGUAUAGAUGUAACAUACAACUUGGUAGGAUGAACACACACAUAUAGUUUCAUGUUAUAAGAGAGAAUGACAAUGUUUGUUUGUAAAUAUAAAGGAUUAAAUACUAGAAGCUCAGUUAAUAUGAAGUUAACUCGGCUAAAAUUAUUACAUCUAUUAUAUAAGCUUGACAGUAACGAUUUACUGAAACGAUGGUACACUCCAUUUACAUUGAUGGAAAUCUGUUAAUGCCUUACAUAGUGAUAUACGUACAUAUUUUUCACUAUCCUACAGAAGUAGAAUAUUGAAUUGUGUUAUUUGGCUGUGUUGUUCAGCCUGGUGCCCACCUUUCCUGACCUGACUGAAAGGGAUUUUCAGGUAUGGGGAUUCCCAAGUGCAGACAUUGCCCAAUCCUCGUGUUUGUUACCAUUUUAUAUAUUGUUUGUCGAUGCAGUAUAUUUACGAUUAGUAGAGCUACAUGGGUACAUACAUCUAUUCACUAAAUUAUGAUUCCCUUCAUAUAAUUGUAGGUCAUUUUAUGUUCUGCUUAUUAAGAAUACCGGUAAUCAAAAUGUAUGACAUGCUAAAUAUUUACUGCUCUGUACUCAGCCAAUGAGCUGCAAGACAGGGAGGUUUGUGCAGUUCUUGGUGUGGUCUGUACAGAGCAGGUUGCUUAUGCUGUAUUAUUGUUAGAAGAUGUUAAUGUUGUUGACUAAAAAAAUGCCAUCCUUUAACUUUGCCAAGUUCUGUACUACUGAAGUAUAAAGGAUCAGUUUUUUAUUAGUUUCAAUUUUUUUUUCAUAUGCAUACAAGACUUUUCUUAUUACCGUAUAUACUCGAGUACGGGGGGGGGGGGGUUAAACUAUAUAA